AUGGAUCUUUCUCGCAACUUACUUUUUGGUUCCAUACCUGCAUGCUUUAGUAACAUUUCUUUUGGCAAUAAUAUAUCAUUUGGGAUGAUGGAAGAAGUUAAUAUUAUGGGUUUCAAUCCGAGUGCUCCCGAUAAAAUCGCUCUUAAUCUCCAUUUGCCAUGGGUAGAUUGGGGUUCUUCAGAAAUUGUGGAAGUGGAAUUUGCAACGAAAUAUAGAUACAACUCCUACAAGGGUGAUAUUAUAAACUCAAUGGCAGGAAUAGAUCUAUCGUGCAAUGAGUUAAGUGGCAGCAUUCCUCAAGAAAUUGGAGACCUGCAUGAAAUUCGAUCAUUGAAUUUGUCUCACAAUCAUAUAACAGGAUCUAUACCAUUCAGUUUUUCAAAUCUAAGGAGUUUAGAGAGCUUAGAUCUUGGCAACAAUAAUUUGAGUGGUGAAAUCCCCAGUGAACUAGUUGCGCUGACCUUUUUGGAAACUUUCAAUGUUUCAUACAACAAUUUAUCAGGUAGAGUUCCUAAUGGAGCGCAAUUUGGAACUUUCGAUGAAAACAAUUACAGAGGUAAUCCUGGUCUCUGUGGAGAACCCAUUCAUAAGAGCUGCAAAAGUGAUGAAGCUCCACAAACACCGCCACCAUCUGCUGAUGUAGAAGAGGAAGAUGAAGGGGGUAUUGAUAUGGUGUGGUUCUAUUGGAGUUUCAGUGGAGCCUAUGUCACAAUCCUAUUGGUGUUGGCAGCAAUCCUCCGCAUCAACGGGCAUUGGCGCAUGUUGUGGUUUUAUUAUGUUGAUGUUUGUAUUUAUUCAAUUUCCAUUUGGAAUUUGGAUUCUAAGGAUGAUGGGGAGAUUUUAAAGCGAAUUGCGAUUUUGGGUACGAGUCUAAUAGUAGUGGACGUGAAUAAGGGUUUGGAGCCAGCGAUUUGCUUGAAUUUCAAUACCUCGAUGCAAUGA